GGUGACAAGCAGCGCCUCUAGCGGUGGCGAUUCAUCCGGCGACAACGAGAGAUCCCCGCGUUGAAGUCUCGAGGAAGGAAAGAGGGAAAUAUCUACGGGAUCACAUCGCCGGCGAAUUGUUUUCCUCGCCAUGGAGCUCAUAGCGCUGACGAAACACCUGAACACGAUCAAUGUCCCGCGAAAGACGGACAAGAUUUACAAGGACGAGUGUGUUUACUCCUUCGACACGCCAGAUUCGGACACCGGUCUCUACGUUAGUCUUACGUCUUUCCUGGGUUUGGGCCAGGAACAUGUCAUGUGGUACUACAGUAAAACCUCGUAUCCUGUGUUUCUUCAUGUCAAACGUACGAGGAAAGAGAUUUCAUCUGAAGAACAAGGAGAUGGGCCUGAAAAGAAGAUUACGCGGCUAGCAAUAGGAACAGCUGGUGGAUUUAUGCCUGAUCAACAAAAGUAUACUUACGAGGAGGAAUAUAAUAUAAUUAUUCUACCUUCUUUCUGCUCUAUUCCUUAUCCCUCAAGCAAUUUACCUGAGAAGGUGGAACUUGCAGUCAAAACUAUAAUACAAAUGGAAAGUGCAUGGGCGGUAGCACAAGUAGAAGCUGUAACCAAUACGUGGGAUGGAGAGAUCAGAUCAGAAUCAAAACACGCUGCGAAUUUGAAACAGCUGGACAAUGGCAAGAAGAUCCCACCAAGUGGUUGGAAGUGCGAGAAAUGCGAUCUCACGCAGAAUCUUUGGCUGAAUCUGACCGAUGGCAGCAUACUCUGCGGACGCAAGUUCUACGACGGAAGCGGCGGUAAUGGCCACGCGAUCGAGCAUUAUCAUGUAACCGGUUAUCCGCUGGCCGUAAAACUAGGAACGAUCACGAAGGGCGGCAAGGCCGACGUAUUCUCGUACGACGAGGACGACAUGGUAGACGAUCCGAAUUUGACAGCUCAUCUGUCACAUUGGGGUAUUAAUAUUGCGCAGAUGGAGAAGACGGACAAGUCGAUGAUUGAGCUGGAAUUAGAUCUCAAUCAGAAGUUUGGCGAGUGGGUGUCCCUUCAGGAAAGUUACACCAAGCUUACACCGUUAUAUGGCCCCGGCUACACCGGACUAAUUAAUCUGGGAAAUUCUUGUUACCUGAAUAGCGUUAUGCAAAUGUUAUAUAUUAUUCCUGAUUUUAUCGAAAGAUAUGAGAGGAAGUCGCUACAGAUAUUCCAGCAAAAUUGGCACGAUCCAGCUGCAGACGUUAAUGUUCAGAUGGCGAAACUGGGCUUCGGCUUGCUCUCUGGCAAAUACUCAGAGCCACCAGACUCGAGUGAUGAGCCGCAGCAAGGUAUUCCCCCGCGUAUGUUUAAGGUCUUGAUUGGUCGAGGUCAUCCCGGCUUCUUCUCGAAUCGGCAACAGGACGCUCAGGAAUUCCUUCUUUACCUGAUUAACUUACUCAACCGCAACAGUCGACACGAGGUCUGUCCCACGGAAUGCUUUAAAUUUAAAGUGGAGGAGAGAUUUCAAUGUAGCAGAUCUCACAAAGUCAAAUAUACCCAUCGGCCGGAAUAUAUCCUUCCGCUACCAAUACCAUUGGAGCUCGCAGUGAACAAGGACGAAGUGACUGCUUACGAGACCCAGAAGAAGGAAGCUGAAGCAAAAGGACAAAAGUUAGACUCUAAUACUCUUGUAAGACCCCGUAUAAAAUUGUUGUCAUGCCUCGAAAGCUUCAGUCGCUCGGAAAUUGUGGAACAAUUUUAUAGUUCGGCUUUGAAUGAGAAGACGAUAGCGCAUAAAACCACCAGAUUAGCUAGCUUUCCGGAUUAUUUAUUAAUUCAUCUGAAGAAAUUCACGGUAAAGGAGGAUUGGACUCCCAUCAAGCUAGACGUUGCGGUAGAGAUGCCGGACACGGUAGAUUUGAGCUUCUUGCGCGGAAGUGGCUUGCAACCCGGUGAGGAAUUAUUGCCGGAUGGCGUGACACCACCCCCGCCUGUUUACGAUGCGACUCUCCUCGAUCAACUGACGGACAUGGGUUUCCCACCAAAUGCGUGCAAGCGGGCCUUGUACUUCACUGAGAAUCGCAGUCUUGAGGCUGCGACCAAUUGGGUGAUGGAACAUAUUGCAGAUUCCGAUUUCGACGAGCUGUUCGUGCCACCGGGAGUCGACCCUAAGCCAGAAGAAGAUACAUUUGUCGUGGAUCAAGCUGCUUUGGAGAUGGUAACAGCUCUAGGCUUUACACCGGAACAAGCGACAAAAGCGCUCAAGGCGACCAAUAAUAAUUUGGAGCGUGCGGCUGAUUGGGUUUUCAGUCAUCAGGCUGAACUCGAGGCUCAGGAAAUGGAAGGUGCUGCGACGCCAAAACAAGAGAACUUUAGAGAUGGAAGCAAUCGAUACAAACUAGUGGGUUUUAUAUCACAUAUGGGCACAUCAACGAUGGUAGGCCAUUAUGUUUGUCAUUUAUUGAAGAAAGAUGAUGCUGGAAGAUACCGAUGGGUGAUAUUUAACGAUGAAAAAGUCGCUUUAUCUGAAAACCCACCGAAAGAAUUAGGAUACAUAUACAUGUAUCAACGGAUUGACUAGUGUAAUGUGUUCUUUUGUAUAAAGAUAUUGCUUUUUUCAACAAUAAAAAAAUGAUACAAAUGUUCUUUA